CAUGCAGUGAGAAUUUAGAGAUAGCUGGCAUUUCUAUAGUGGCACAUUUCUUUCCCCUUAUGCCAUUCAAUUAUUUUCAUUCCUUCCUCUGCUACUUACUUGUUCUUCUUCCUCUCUUCUUCAUAUAUAAUCAUUUAUGCUUUGUGUCAUUUACACAAUUAAUGCCAAUAACCCACAUACUUACAAUUCCAUUAAACCCUUCUUCUUCUUCUUCUUCUUCUUCUCCUCCUCCUUUUGCUCUGCUGUCAACUCUCGUUUCGCUCAGAGCUUUGUUUGACUCAUGAAGAUGCUAGUGGUAUUGCUCUUGUUAUUGAGUUUGGGCAAUGCUAUCAAACUCCGUGGAGAAGACGAAGAUUGGCCUUGUGAUUAUAAACUGCAAUUAAAACCAAGGCCGCAUAGUGUUUCCAUUUUGGAGUUUGGUGCUGUUGGGGAUGGCAAAACAUUGAACACUCUUGCUUUUCAGAAUGCCAUAUUCUAUCUCAAGUCUUUUGCUGACAAGGGCGGUGCACAGCUAUAUGUGCCGCCUGGAAGAUGGCUUACCGGAAGUUUCAACCUUACGAGCCAUCUCACAUUGUUUUUGGAAAAGGGUGCUGUCAUUCUUGGAUCUCAGGAUCAAUCUCAUUGGGAUAUUCUUGAACCCUUGCCCUCGUAUGGUCGAGGGAUUGAACUACCGGGAGGGAGAUAUCGUAGCUUGAUAAAUGGAUAUAUGUUACAAGAUGUGGUCAUAACAGGUGAUAAUGGAACCAUCAAUGGUCAAGGAUCAGUGUGGUGGGAUUGGUUUAAUUCCCAUACUUUAAAUCAUAGCCGUCCUCAUCUUGUAGAGAUAGUUUCAUCAAAAGAUGUUGUAGUUUCAAACCUCACAUUUGUCAAUUCUCCUGCAUACAACAUUCAUCCAGUCUAUUGCAGUAAUGUACACAUUCACAACAUCUCAGUCUCUGCUCCCCUGGAGUCACCUUAUACAGUUGGUAUAGUCCCAGAUUCUUCUGAUAAUGUGUGCAUACAAGAUUGCAGUAUUGGCAUGGGGUAUGAUGCCAUUGUCCUCAAGAGUGGUUGGGACGAAUACGGCAUUGCCUAUGGAAGACCAACCACAAAUGUGCACAUCAGAAGGGUCCAGCUACAGUCGUCUUCUGGUUCUUCUCUUGCCUUUGGUAGUGAGAUGUCGGGUGGCAUUUCUAAUGUGCUUGCGGAGCAGGUCCACAUAUACGACUCGCUUUGUGGCAUUCAGCUUAGAACAACAAAGGGUAGAGGGGGUUAUAUCAGAAAUAUCAUCAUUUCAGAUGUCAAAAUGGAGAACAUCAGUGUGGCAUUUGGCGCAUCUGGUCAGUUUGGAUCCCAUCCAGAUGAAAACUUUGAUCCUAAUGCUCUUCCAGUAUUGGAUCACAUCAGCUUAGAGCAUGUGAUUGGUACCAACAUCACUAUUGUUGGAAAAUUCACUGGGAUCAAGGAAUCCCCCUUCACGUCCUUUUGUCUGUCCAACAUCUCCUUGUCAAUCAAUUCCGGUUCUUCCACCAAAUCUUGGGUAUGUUCAAAUGUUUCUGGCUCUUCCGAGUCUGUCUUCCCUGAACCCUGUUCUGCCCUUAAGUCCUCCCAUUCAAAUUCUUCCUCAGCCUGCUUUUCUAUACAAACCUUGAAUGGAAAAGCCACGGCAUUAUGAUACCAUUCAUCCAUACCCCAGAUUUUUUCAAUCACAGUCCAUAAUGAGGGAAAGAACCAAAUUUUUUACCACCAUUUACAGUAAUUUAGAUCACAUUCUUUCCAAUAAGACAGUACGUACAUGUUCAGAUUAUUUGUUUCUUCAUCAACCUGUGUAGAUUUGCACUCUUGCAUGUUACAUUCUGCAGAUUAUAUGUACAGCUUCUUCAUUUCUUCAUUCAUGUGUAAGCAAAUUUUGGGUAGUGAUGGUGUAAGAAGACUGGGAUAUAUUGUGAGUACUGGUGCUUAAAUUUAAAUGCUUUUUUUUCCUUCCGAGUCUUGUGCAGUGUAGUUUCUCUACUUUGAUGUGGAAUUCACAAAUGGAAAUUGGUAAAGGUGAGCCAAAGUGACUUGUCUGGUGGUACAUACUCGAGCUUUAUGUGCUACAUCAUUGGUUGUUGUUGUUGUUGGGAUGCCUUUCCAAUCGAAAUUGGGACCUAAGCCAGAAUGGACCAGCUUGUUAUGUCAUGAUUGAGUCUUCAAAUUCAAGCCAUCUGAAAGUUGAACAUGUACGUAAUUAGUUUAC